UGUCAAGACUGGCGUACUGAAUCAUGGGUAAACACGGUGCCCGAUCAAAGAAUGUACUUGCUCCACAGGCAGACCUAUAUCGGUGACAUACGUUUAUUUAAAUAGCGUUUACGUUAAUUAGCUUUAUCUACAAAAUAACAUGUUUCACAGGGAACCACUUUACGUGUGUUUAACCAAAGUCAUAUUUACGCGUCUUGCUAAAUGCGUCUGUGUAUCCUACUAAACUCUCCGCCUCUCCAGCCUCUUGUAGUAUCUCUGGUCCUCCCGCAGUCCUGCUGUUGCUACUGAAGUUACCAUUAGCAACUGGGCAGCGCCCCGGCUGAGCACCUUCAGCCGCUGUUGAUGUUGUCGUUAAAUACAGUAGGAUGUUUGUUAUCUGACCGACAGCCUCACAGCACGGCUCGGUUACUUUCCAGUGGUGUCCAGUAUGAGAGUGAGGUUCCAACAACUGCCAGCCUGGUAAAUGUACAGUAAGCUCUCCUUGAUUUCCAGAAACAGUCAAGGCCUUGACAGGCAAGGGAAUUGUUGGCUGUUGGAAUGUUGGUGACGCUGGCCAUGGUUUACACGUAAGGGCGCAGUGAGUGGCACUGUCAUGUUGCCAGGAGUCGGUGUAUUUGGCACGGGCAGCACAGCCAGAGUGCUGGUCCCGUUGUUGAAAGCUGAAGGCUUUGAGGUUCAUGCACUCUGGGGGCGAAGUGAAGAAGAAGCGCGCUGCUUAGCAAAGGAGCAUGGCAUCCCAUUUCACACUAGCCGAUCUGAUGACGUCCUGCUGCACCAAGAUGUCGACCUUGUUUGCAUCUAUAUCCCACCCUCAAUGACCAGACAGAUUGCUGUCAAAGCAUUGGGUAUAGGUAAGAAUGUUGUGUGUGAGAAAGCUGCAACAGCUGUGGAUUCAUUCAAGAUGGUGACUGCCGCCAGAUACUACCCACAGCUGCUCAGCAUUAUGGGUAAUACCCUGCGCUUCCUGCCGGCUUUUGUGGCAAUGCGCCGACUGCUGAUGGAGGGAUAUGUUGGCGAAAUGCAGGUGUGUGAUGUCAGAGUCUAUGGCCCCAGCCUCCUGGAUCAGUCGUACGGCUGGACAUGUGAGGAGUUGAUGGGAGGAGGCGGUCUGCACACUGCCGGCUCUUCCAUCAUUGACCUUUUAAGUUACCUAACCGGGACACGAGCCCAUCGUGUUCAUGGCUUGCUGCGGACUUUUGUACAACAAAAUGGUUUGAUCCGAGGCAUUCGCCGCGUCACCAGCGAUGAUUUUUGCUUCUUCCAAAUGUUGAUGGGUGGUACUGGCUCUAGCUCUGGUGGUGUGUGUUGCACUGUGACCCUGAACUUCAACAUGCCAGGGUCAUUUGUGCACGAGGUAAUGGUAGUUGGAUCCACUGGAAGACUGGUUGCCAGGGGAACAGAGCUGUAUGGUCAACGCAAUGGGAGUAAAGGUGAGGAGCUGUUGCUAAGCGACAGUGGGUGGGCAGGACCAGAGGUAAAAGACAUGCCCCUGCCUCACUUGCGGGGGCUGAGCUCCAUGGUAAAGGCACUGAGACAGUCUUUUCAGGCUCACGAGGAGCGCAGGUCAUGGGCGCGAGGAUCGGUUGCCAUGGCGCCAACAUUUGAGGAUGGUCUGUAUGUGCAGACGGUGGUCGAGGCGGUGAAGCGGUCCAGCUGUAGUGGCGAAUGGGAGUGUGUUGAGAUCAUGAGUCAGGAGCCAGAUCCGAAUCACAACCUGUGUGAGGCUCUGCAGAGAAAUAAGAACUGAAUAUAUUUAUACAGCCAGUGCAACUACUACAUAUGUCUAACAAAACUGGGCUCUGAAUGUUGUACCUUUAAUUCAGCUGCUGAGGCAGUUUCAUUUACCCAUGACUACUUUUUGCAUUUUCACAUUCUGUUCCAUUUUGAGCAGAAUAUUUUCCUUUUUUAAAACAUAACUGUGUUUUUACACUAAAUUUUUUAACCACAGCUCCAUUAUUCUGAUUCUCUACAUAAAAUAUUAUAAUAGCUGUGUCAACAUCUACCUGUGUCCCAUUUACACAUUUAUUACCUGUGCCAUGCCAAAACGUAGACACAUUCUUUAUUCUUAUUAAAGCUUGAAGUCAUGGAGUCAUGACUGCAAAGUUCCUGCAAAAUAAGGUUGUUAUGCGUCACCUGUUACCAAGGCACCACCAUUGUCAAAUAUUGGCAAAGUUUCUUGUAUCAAAUUACCUUUUAUCCUCACUUUAAGCAGCAUGUGUGGAUUUAUUUGUGUUUCUUUAUUCUUCUUUUUAAAACAUGUAGGCUGUUGUAUUUUACUGAUAAUCAGAGAUCAGAGAUCAAACAGCUUAUACUUCAUCUGUGAUUGGACAAGAGCACAUCUCUUCCUAAUUUGAUAUUUCUUUUCUUUUAAUAGUUUUUCCAUGUCAAGUCACCAUACCGUCAGUUAAAGUGUUUGCCACAGUUGAAGAUUACAAUACACCAAUAAAUGUUUGACUAGGCAUCAGCGCUACUGAAACAAUGUGCAUCCCAGUUUUGGGUCAUGACCAGUUGUGCCAAGCUGUGAAUUUAGUUGUUUGGCUCUAAUUAAAAGCCAAUGUACAGUCAGAUCUAGAAAACAUUUUAACCUCUAUUGUUUAUAAUAUUGAGAUGUGUUUUGGUGUUAAUUUAUUCCCAACGCAAAUAGCACCUUAUUCUGAAAGGAAGGUUUUUAGCUCUGACAUGAAUGUGCAUAUCAAAGCGUGAGGAUGAUUUGACUUACAAAACAGUUUCAUUGUCUGCAGUGUGGCAACUGGCAGAAUUCAAUCGAUGCUCAAUUGGAGCUCAGCCUUUGGAAAAUUCAGAAUAAGAAUAAUGGAGCUGUGCAGAGUGAUUUUUAUUUAAUUUUAAUUUUUGGGGGGAAUUUGUAAUAAGCAUACAUAUAAAGAUUGCAAGAGGGGCUUGUAGGUUUUUAUGUUGUGACAUGCCAUGGCAUACAUAAGAUACCAGGGAUUGAGUAAAUAAGCUGUAUAGAAAACUGAAUAAUGAAAAGUGAAAUUUGUAGCAUUGCUCCCUCAAAAUGCCCAACUCUAUAGUGAUACUCAUCUUAAAUCUUAAUUUUGAGUAUCACUCACGCCCUUAGGUAGGAAAACUGAAAAGUCUCCUUCACAGACGAAGCAGCUAUAGUGAGCUGGGAUUCAUGACAGCUAUAGUGGAUUUCAGCAGUGACAUGUUUUCAUAGUGGGGGGGAAAAGGUAUCUAAACAACAAAAUUUCAAAACCACUCCUGCAUCAUCCAUGUGUUCAUUACAUUCUGUCAUCAUUUUAUCAAAAUAUACUACUUUAAGAAGUUUUAAUGAGGACGAUAGGGCAACACUAGUCUGGCUUACUUACACUGUGCAGGCUUUCUGCUAUCCAUUUUGCAAGGACAUCCGGGGCUUAGUGCCGUCGAUGAUGAUUGUGAUUGAUAAAAAGAAAUAUGAACAAGCCAGAGCGUUUCUUUUCCCUUUAUUAGAAUGUUAACUCAUGCAGCCUGACCAUACUCCAGCAAUGACACAGCGCUGUGGAGAUAGGUCUGGCAAUGCCAGACUAGUGCAACAAUGAUGCAGUGUUUUUGAGUUAUAUUUUGGGUAAAUGCUGACUGGAACAAACAUAUGGAAAGACAGAGGGAAAGGGGAUUAUGCCUCAAAGAAAGUUGUUUGGUACUUUUUUCCAAUGAAAAUUCACCAAUGGUAAUUAGUCAACCGUUGAAACUGACUUUUGAAGAAGGAAACUAUCACCUUUUAACAGCCACCUGUCGAGUUUCCACAGGAUGAGCAUACGAUGCUUAGAUUUUAGGUGUAUCACAUUAUUUUACAUUAGCAGAAACAGGCUUGUCUUAGAAAUUACAGAUUAGUGACCUUUUUCUUGUUAAACUGUCAAAACUUUUAGAUGCGAAACCCGAGGGUAUUUGAUAACUAAAUUUAGUUUAAAACUGUGUGAAAGGUUUGUAUACAUGUGUUAACCAUUGAAGUAAAUGUAUGCUUUUACAAGAAUUUGCUUCAUGCAAUCCAUGCAUAUAAAGUUAUUACAAAUGUUUAAAUCCAGAGAGUGGAGCCAAGAUCCACCCCCGUACACCAUUUAUCCAUAAAUAUUACUGAUCUUUUUGUCGAGUAGAACCACUGGAUCUGACAUGCGCGAGAGUAUAAAUGUGUGCCUCUCUAACUUGCUAAGACCAAGAGAAGAAGGUGUUAAACAGUUUACCGUCAUUGUAGUCACUCACUGCAUCUGAGUACUGCUGAGUAUCCUGAAUGAUACUGGGUUCCUACAGCUGAGACAGGAAGUGAAGAAGUGUGCUGGUUUGAUUUGAUUGGUCUGUUUCCUUCUUAGACCCACGCAGGAUCUGCAAAUAAGGAAACAUACAUGUUACACACUUACCUCACGCUAUCCUAACAGGGCUUUACAAAAACAAAGUUUACAUUAAGUGUCUUUUUUUUUUUUAAACGCAUCACAUUUGCCUGCAGGAUGUUAAAUAACCCACACUGUUAAAAUACAUUCUAACCUUAUUGUUUGUUUUUUUGCACUGAUAACUGAUAAAAUGCCACAUAUUUAAUAGACAGGGCUCACUGUAAAACUUAACGUAACGUGUCUGUAUAAGGAAGCCUUUUUGUAUUUAUUUAUGUCUUGGUGUGGGGAAAGUUUCCCAUCGUUUAUUCUGUUCAGUGUUUGGGUUUUCAGCCUGUGAAUCUCUGUUGAAAUAUUUAUCUUGUUUAGGUUUAGUGUUUUAAUUGAUAAUGUGGCUUUUUGAGCACAAUGUGUUGCAUUUAAGUUGGGAAACUGUACUGUUCAUCUGCCUGGUGCAUAUUUCCCUAAAUAAAUACAGUUGUAUUCAUUUA